GAGUAAGUGGGAGCGACCCUUCGGGAUUUCCGGACCCCCGGACCUGGGUCACUGGUGGCCCGAGGGGCGACGUGAGCGCAGUCUGGGUGGGGGACGCCAGGCUACGCGGACGACGGCGAGCCGUUAGCCCUCCCUGCGCAGGGUUACCUGUAUCCCUCGGUGCUUUAGGGGAAACUAAGGACCCUGGGAGCAAGCUGGGAGGGCAGGAAGUACCCCGCCCCUCUCCAUGCCUCGCCACCUUCUCCAAGUGCCCUACGGUGACUCCGCGGCACCUCUGGUACUCGAAGGGAGCUGGAGGCAGGGGACCUGCCCUAGGUCGAGAUGAAGCUCAUUAUUCUGGAACACUAUUCACAGGCCAGUGAGUGGGCGGCCAAGUAUAUUAGGAACCGCAUCAUCCAGUUUAACCCAGGACCUGACAAGUACUUCACCCUGGGGCUCCCCACCGGGAGCACCCCGCUUGGCUGCUACCAGAAGCUGAUUGAGUACUAUAAGAAUGGGGACCUGUCCUUUAAAUAUGUGAAAACCUUCAACAUGGACGAGUAUGUGGGUCUUCCUCGAGAGCACCCAGAGAGCUACCACUCCUUCAUGUGGAAUAACUUCUUCAAGCACAUUGACAUCCACCCUGAAAACACCCACAUUUUGGAUGGAAACGCGGCUGACCUGCAGGCUGAGUGCGACUCCUUUGAGGAGAAGAUCCAGGCUGCAGGAGGGAUCGAGCUCUUUGUUGGAGGCAUUGGCCCCGAUGGACACAUUGCCUUCAAUGAGCCAGGCUCCAGUCUGGUGUCCAGGACCCGUGUGAAGACUCUGGCCAUGGACACCAUCCUGGCCAACGCUAGAUUCUUUGAUGGUGAUCUUGCCAAGGUGCCCACCAUGGCCCUGACAGUGGGUGUGGGCACUGUCAUGGAUGCUAAAGAGGUGAUGAUCCUCAUCACAGGUGCUCACAAGGCUUUCGCUCUGUACAAAGCCAUUGAAGAGGGUGUGAACCACAUGUGGACGGUGUCUGCCUUUCAGCAGCAUCCUCGCACUGUGUUUGUGUGUGACGAGGAUGCCACCUUGGAACUAAAAGUGAAGACCGUCAAGUAUUUCAAAGGUUUAAUGCUUGUUCAUAACAAGUUGGUGGACCCCCUGUACAGUAUCAAGGAGAAGGAAAUUCAGAAAAGCCAAUCUGCUAAGAAGCCAUACAGUGACUAGCCUCUGCUGGGACAUGGUGCUCGGGACCUCAGAGGGACAGGCAGGCCUUUCCUCAAGUGUCUGUAGGAGACGAGAAUCACCUUUCAGUCCACUAUGGCUGCUGCAGAUCCUUGCUCAGCACAUACAGGUUAGGGAGUUUAGCUGUGGAGAACACGGUUUAUAACUUUUCCCUCUUUUCAGUACUGGAGGCUGGACCUGGGGCCCAUGCACAUGUCAAGGAGGUGCUUUGCUAACUGAGCUCUGUCCCCAACUCCAUAAUGUUUUGUAACAGAGCUCUCCAUCACUGGCUGUCAUUCUACCCAGGGGAGGACUCUCGCUGCCCUUCUGCCCGUACGACAUGCCCAGCACACUCCUGUCAAGCACUCUGUAUACGCACUCUUUCUUGAGUGGGCAGGGAUUAGGGCUUGUGCACUCUGGACGCAGCCUUUUUGGAUUCUUGAGAGCCCCUCUUCUGGCAGCCUUCCCAUUGAGAAUUUUUGUUUUAAAGAAUAUACUUCUUGAGCCUGAAUUAUGCAUAAGGAAGCAGCCCAUCCUGCCAGAACCAGGUACCUGGGGGAGAAGCCUGUCCCAUCCCCAUUGUGUGGAUGUUGUCAACAGCUAGCCUUUCUGUAAACAGGCUUUGGGUAGGACUGGGCAUGUGGGGCUAGGAUGACUCUCACAGAUAAACUCUUCCAAAGGCCAGUCAUGUCUCGUUCUCUCUUAAGAUUCCAAGAGAAAGGUGAAAAGCCCUCCUGUCUGAGCUGUUUUCCUCCAUAGAGUCUUACACACUCCCUAGUAAGGAGAUCCACUUGGGUCACAAACACAGCCGUGAUUUCAGUGUUUCUCACCCAAGGUGGGGAACCGCAUUUACACAUCCAAGCUGUGUUCUCUUUCCUCCUCAGAGCUGAGCGCCGAGAUUAUACAAGCUAGUGCUGUCUCCUUGCUUAAAGCGCUCUGUGAUUCCCACCUUUCAGGGUGACAAGGUAUCAUCAUCAGAUCAUCAGAACUACAACCCUUCACCCACCUGUCGUUCAAGCUCCCUUCCCAGGCUCCCCUGUCUUUAUAUUCUCUGCCUCUGUGGACUGGUUGCUGCCUCCUUUUCUGUCCUGUGCCUGUCUGAAGCUAGAGCUGCCUAUUUCCAGGAGAGGUCUUUCAGAUUCUGGCCAGGCCCUCCAGAAGUACUGUGUUUGGUACCAGCACUUGUUUGUAGUUUUUAUAUGUGAUUGUACUGUUCUGUGUUAAGCUAAUGGAUCAAUGGACUUGUUUACAAUGUGAUAUUUUCUAUUAAAUUGAAUAUUUUCAAAUAAAA